AAAAAUCCUAAUUAAAACACAAGAAAAAUCAUUUCUCCGUACUUAUUUUCUCCAUGGUUUUUAUGGAGUGAAGCUUAAGAGAAAGCUUUCGAGAACUCAACGGCAAUGGAAAAAAGAGGAGACAUUCGUAGACGAAGAUUUCGAUGGCUUUGAAAAAUUAUGAUUGCUGAAACGCAUUGGCGGCAUUGAAAUUGAAGCGAAGAAUCCGGCAAUGUUGUCGAGAUCCGGGGGGGAAAGUUUUUAAGACGAAACUCAAUUGAUUUUCUUUCUCUCUAAUUUUAUUUUCUCGCCUUAUUUCGAACAUUUGAUUUGGAGGAAGAAAAAGAUCGAGCAAAGAGUUAAAAGCAAUGGAGUCUCGAAUGGAUCAAUACGAAAUCAUGGAACAGAUCGGCCGUGGUGCUUUCGGUGCUGCCAUUCUCGUCCACCACAAAUCCGAGAAGAAAAAGUAUGUGUUGAAGAAGAUCAGACUGGCGCGGCAAACGGAGCGUUGCAGACGAUCUGCACAUCAAGAAAUGGCACUUAUCGCGCGAGUUCAGCAUCCUUACAUUGUUGAGUUUAAGGAAGCUUGGGUUGAGAAAGGUUGCUUUGUUUGCAUUGUUACCGGAUACUGUGAAGGCGGUGAUAUGGCUGGGUUGAUGAAAAAAUCAAAUGGGGUCUAUUUCCCCGAGGAGAAACUCUGCAAGUGGUUUGCGCAGCUGCUUCUGGCAGUUGAAUAUCUGCAUUCAAAUUAUGUUCUGCAUCGUGACCUAAAGUGUUCCAAUAUUUUUCUUACCAAGGAUCAAGAUGUCCGCCUUGGGGAUUUUGGACUUGCCAAAACUCUAAAGGCAGAUGAUUUGGCUUCCUCGGUGGUUGGCACCCCCAAUUACAUGUGUCCUGAACUGCUUGCAGAUAUUCCUUAUGGUUUCAAGUCUGAUAUCUGGUCUCUGGGCUGCUGUAUGUAUGAGAUGGCUGCUCAUCGCCCUGCAUUUAAAGCUUUUGACAUGGCAGGUUUAAUAAGCAAGAUAAAUCGCUCCGCCAUUGGCCCUUUACCUUCUUGUUACUCUCCGUCCUUGAAAACAUUUAUCAAGGGCAUGCUAAGAAAGAAUCCAGAGCAUCGACCCAGCGCAAUGGAGCUUUUGAAGCACCCUUAUUUGCAGCCAUAUGUUGAUCAAUAUCGUCCAUCGUUUAGCUCCCCUUCAAUGAAUUGCUCUGCAGAUGAGCACAUUUCCUCUGGUCAUGGUAACAGGAGAAUUAUGGACGAGAGCCAGAAUAGUAAUAGCUCAUGUAGUGAUAAAGAUAGUUUGCUUUCAAAUGACAGAAACACUGCCACAAUGGUUACAAAUAGCAAUAGUGAGGUCAUUGACACUGAUACUAUUUCUAAUGAUGAUAAAGGUGGCACCAAGCAGCACCUGCCACGUAAAGAAGAGAAUGGCCCCGCUACUUUUACUUGCAAAGUUGAUGGAAAAGGAAUAACACAAUGUUCUUAUUCGGAACAGGGAUCUAAUGUUCAAUCAAAGGAAACAAAAACCAUCAAAAGCAUAGGGAAAGUAAUAGAAAAUGGUUCCCCAAUGAGAGGCAACAGCACAAAAACUGUGGAUGGAUUGACUCAAAAAAAUAAUGUGGAUGCAUCUCCCAAAGUUCUCAAACCACCUUCUCGCACUUCAAAGGCCAAUGCAGAUUCACCAACUGUUCCCUCGGCAAAGUUACCUCUAGAUUCUGCAAAAAGGAUGCCAGGAUCAAACCAUUUGAAGCACCAGUUACCUUUAACUGAAUCCUCCCCGAAGACUAAACCUAGACAUGAAGGGCUUCCUCCGCCUGCACCUGGGAAGCAUUUUGCUGAAGAUGGACAAAUUUCUAAGCCGAGGCAAAGAACUCUUCCCACUGUUGCAAGAAGAUCAACUAUUACAGGAAGAAUGAAGCACGCUGGAACUGAAGUUUCAAAUGGGCAAAGCAACAUACCAAAGUUAGGAUCUACAGAGACAAACCAGGAGCGUGAUGCUAUUCCUCCUCAGCUGCACAAAGGUUGCCUUACAAAUGAUUCUAGGGAGAUAAAACUAGAAGCUGAGAUAGCUCUAACUGGAGCUACUGAGGGGGUGCAAACAGAGAGCAGCAAUUCUGUCUCAUCUUCCAUCUCAAUUCAAGCAUUUGAGAUUUGUGAUGAUGCAACAACCACUUUUAGCAGCAUGAAGGAACAGGCACAUAAUCAUGAGAUAAUCACCCACGUCAAUAGCUUGGAACCGUAUCCACCAUACAGCUCCCCUGGUCUGAAAUCCGAGAUGCCUGAGGUUCUAUCAAGAGAAAGCCACAGGCACAAUCAUAAAUCUGUCAGGUGUUUAACUGAAGAGUCUGCUCCAACCCAGGAUCUUCCGCAUUCCACUUCAGUUGAUGCAAAAGUGAGUCUGAGUGUACCAUUGGACCUUACAGGCAUGAUUUCUGAAGAAAUAUCUGUUCCUAAAGAUCAUACUUCUGUAAGCAGGACAAAAAUUAGUAGGGUUGAUGCCCCUUUAAUCCAGACUAGUAGCAGGGAUGAUGCCCCUAUAUGCAGCCCAAGUAGUAGGAAUGAUGUUCAAAUAAGCAGGCCAAGUAGCAGUGAUGGUGCCCCCAUAAGCAGGUUAAGUAGCAGCGAUGAUGCCUCAAUAAUCAGGUUAAGUAUUGGGGGAAAUGUCCCUUUAAGUGGGCCAACUACUGGGGAAGAGUGCUCCAUUAUCAGGUCAAGUGCGAAGGAUGAAACUGUGGCAAAUGGACCUAGUAGGCCCGACAUGAUGCUCCACUCUCAUAUUUCUUCUGCAUCGAGUGGUGAUGACAAGUUCACUGUAAUGGAACUUCUCUCAUCAGUUGCAGAAACUAUGCAUUGCGUUGCCUUACCAAUUUCAUCCAGCCAGAAGAAUUCACAGCCAGAUGAAGGAUCAAAUGUUCAUAAUCAAACAACUGAAAAACCAGCUGAGACCUGUCAUCCUCCAGCUUUCGGUGACGUUAUUCAUGUUAUAAGGCAUAGUAGUUUCCGUGUUGGCAGUGAGCAGCCUGUAAUCGAAAAAGUAGAAAUGGGCGCACAAAAUAUGGAUGUUGGGAAACUCAUAAAUGUUGUGAGGGAUGACUUGGAUAUAGGAAACAUGAGUAGUCCAGUGACCCUUAAGUCAUCAAGUUGCUCUGAAGCUUUAAAUUCAAAAUCAAAUGGGUCUGAUCAUUCUGGUGUUAAAGAAAUGGAUGUUAGGAACUCCAUUUCCUCAUCUCUAAAAUCUAAUUCACCAGAGCCUGCAAAACCCAGCUCUUCUGUGCCAGAAGAGGAGAUACCAGCAAAGGAAACUUUGGAUGUCAAGUCUUUUAGGCAAAGGGCAGAGGCACUUGAAGGGCUUCUAGAAUUGUCUGCAGAGUUACUGCAGCAGAACAGGUUGGAAGAGCUCGCAGUCGUUUUGAAGCCUUUUGGGAAAGAUAAGGUGUCCCCAAGGGAGACGGCAAUCUGGUUAGCCAAGAGUCUGAAAGGAAUGAUGAUCGAGGACUCGGGACGGUGUUCAUGAAGUAUUAUUUCUGGGGGUAAGUUUUUAUUCCCCCUUUGUUUAUUCACAUUGCUGCUGUAGUUCUUAGCUCCGUGAUUACCAUGCCUACCCCCUUUUAAUUGCAUUUGAAAAUUUUUAAACGGUACUAGCAGGCAGCAGGUCUUGUCUUUUCACCACAUUCUCUCAUUCUUUCAAUGCAAUGUCUUAUUGUACAUAAUUGAUAAUACGGAUCAAUUAAACUUGUCCCAGACAUACAUAUGUAUGCAUAUGCUGUAGAACGUACUGAAUGCAAAGCAAAUUGGAAUCGUUUACGAUUUUUA